AUGGAAUUCUCAGACUCCACAGAGUCCUCACAAGAAUCUUCUUCAGACUCAGACGAUAGUGAAAUACCAAUCUUAAUGAUUGGUCUGCAUGAAGAAAGUCAGAAGAGUAUUCUGGAAGAUGUAAUACAAUAUCCUCUCUCUCCAACCCUACUGUCUUCUUUCUUUGUUUCUCCACCUCCUGAAACUUUUCAAUUUACUACAAAACCUCCUCCUGUCCCAUAUAUUCCCAUACAGAUACUAUCCUCAAAAUACUCCAAGCCUGUACCAGUAAUAGCUUUCUUUGACACUGGAGCACAAAGAAGCAUGAUGAACCCAAUGGUUCUCCCAUUAGAGUAUUGGAAGCCCCAUGAUCAGUUCUUCAGGGCAGCCAAUGGUCAAACCUUCAAAACCACUCUGAUCACAAGACAAAAGAUCGGAAUACAGUUCUUUCCUGAUUGCGUUGUAUGGACGCAUAUCAUUGGUUCAGAUCUUCCAAAUAAGGAUAUCCUGAUAGGAUUUGAUGUUUAUCACCAAGCUCAAAAGCUCCAAAUCCUUCCAACUGGCAUAAAGUUCAAAAGACAGUUUCGGCCAUACACUGAAACUUCAAAUCUGUUUUCUGUGACAGAUACUAUUUCACUAUUCCUUCCAUACACAGAAAAAUUCCUUCAGCUCUGUCCAGAAUCUCAUUCACAUUUUCAACAUCCUCUUCCUCUGUGGAAAAAUCCACAGUUCUAUAUCAGCCUCCCCUUCAAACUUAAUGAAGACAUUAACCCUACUAAAGCCACACACAUGGGAAUGUCUCCCACAGACCUAGCCCUUGCCCGAUCGGGAAUGCCCGACACCUUACAAAGAAGGUCUGAAAGGAUCCGAGGAAAGAAGAGGCUUGUCAUAGACUACAAGCCCUUAAACCAUUUCCUUCAAGACAACAAAUUUCCUCUCCCUCGGAUCUCAAAUCUCAAGGUCCACAUCCAAAAGGCCCAAUACUAUUCCAAAUUUGACCUAAAGGCGGGCUUUUGGCAACUCGGUAUCCAGCCCACAGAGAGAUACAAGACUGCAUUUUGUAUCCCUAAUGCCCAAUACCAGUGGACUGUUAUGCCCUUUGGGCUCAAGACGGCCCCAUCUCAAUUCCAGAAGACAAUGAUUGAGAUUUUUGGGCCUAUCCUUUACUCUUCUUUGAUCUACAUCGACGGCGUCCUUCUAUUCUCAAAAACAGCAGAGGACCAUCACCAACUGUUACAACAGUUCCUUGCCAUCAUCCAGAAAUAUGGCAUUAUGCUGUCAGAAAAGAAGAGCACUAUUGGCCAACGAGAAAUUAAAUUUCUCGGAAUGCAUUUCAAGAAUGGCCAGUACACAUAUGGUCCCCACCUGACAAAGGAACUUGAUAAUUUUCUAGAAGAGAAUUUAUCAGUAAAACAAAUUCAACAGUUCCUUGGAAUCCUGAACUAUGUUUGA